UGAAUUAUUAUCAUUUUUUCAUACCGGUAACGGUUGAAGUAAACGACCCCGUAUCCUUCACUGUUCGACGACGGAGAAAGAUAGUCAGUCAAACUAGUCCCGCCGGCAGCAACCAGUCGACGGCGGAGUGAUGGCGAGUCUCUUCAGCGUUUCAUCUUCUCCACAACUGAACAACUCGUUUCUUCAAUUAUCAUCUCAUUCCCAUUCACUUUCACCUCCCUUACAACUCAAGAGUGUUUGCUACCGGGAAUUGGUCUUGUUCCGAGCGCACUGUUCAUCAGAGAAAGCUGUAGACGCGGAAAAAGAAUCCAAGACGGAGUUAUCGUCUCCUCCUACCAGUGAUCCGAGCAUUUCAUCAUACGACUGGUGUGCUUUACUCGGAGGGAUUGGGUUCCUGGAGACAUCCUACUUGACAUACCUUAAGCUCACGGAUUCUGAUGCUUUUUGCCCAAUUGUUGGUGGCAGCUGCGGCAACAUCCUUAACAGCAGCUACUCAUUUGUUUUCGGAGUUCCGCUUCCAUUACUGGGUAUGGUUGCGUAUGGAUUAGUUACAUUACUUGGGCUGCAAUUAGGUAGAAAGUGGUUACCACUUGGAAUUGAAGAAGCUAAUGGGAGACCUGUUUUACUUGCCACAACGACUUCUAUGGCUGCUGCUAGCUCAUACUUUUUGUACAUCCUAAGUAUGAGAUUCCCAGGGGAGUGGUGUUUAUAUUGUCUGACAUCUGUUGUCUUAUCCUUCAGUUUAUUCUACAUCUCUCUAAAGGAGUUGGGAUUCACUGAGUUAAAAAAAGAACUGGUUUUACAGCUAUCUGUAGUGCUAUUGGUGGUUGCUGCCUUAAAUAGUUCAUAUAAUUCCUUUCAGCCUACAAGUUCUGAUGCAUCUGAGCUGCCAUAUUUCGCCACUGAGAUCACAACACAUUCAAGUCCUUAUGCCAUUUCUUUAGCAAAGCAUCUUAGCUCAGUAGGAGCAAGAAUGUAUGGGGCUUUCUGGUGUUCGCAUUGUCAAGACCAGAAACAGGUACCGCCAUUCUUCCGAUGUUUGGGCAAGAAGCAGCUGCUCUACUAAACUAUGUAGAAUGCUUUCCUACCGGGAUCAAGAAAGGAACCACUAUGGCUUUGGAAUGUGCACUUGUUAAGAUUGAAGGGUUCCCAAUGUGGGUGAUUAAUGGACAGGUUCUAAAUGGAGAGCAGAAACUUUCUGAACUCGCUAAAGCAUCGGGAUUUCAAUUUGAUGAAUCAAGUUGAGCUAGAGCUAGCUGCCCUUUAUUAAUGGAACUAAACCUUGACAUUAGCUCUGUAGUUUUUAGUUACUGAUUUUUUCGAAAUGUUCUCCAAAUAAAUAUGUAAGCGUCUUUCAACUUCUAAUCUAUUUGUCAUUAGACAAAGAGUAAGGGCUAGGCAGGUGAAAGUCUUCAUAGUGUUUUGGUACUGAAUAGUUUCCAAGUAAAUUCUUUGCUAAAUAAUCAAUAAAUCUAUCUGAAAUCACGAACUUAGUUAUUCAUCUCCAACUAAAACAG